AUGGCCGUGCCGCGAUCUUCUUCUUCGUUCUUACCUGCACACGUUCUUGCACAAGAUCGCGACAGCGGCAUCAGUACAGAAGGUGAAUCGGACGCGGAAAUGUUCUUCAAUAGCAACAGUAACCACAGCAGCACUACUGCAAGUCGUCCCAUGACGCGACAAGCAUACCCAUUCAGCGAUGACGAAGAAUUGCCGUCGAUUCAGGAACAACACUACAACCAGCAAAAACAGCAACAACAACAGCAGCAGCAGCAGCUACUUGAGCACCAACAGCAACAAGAACAGCGUUUAAACAGUGAGGCCGUUUUUAGCUCGGAAAGCUACCACAACCACCAAGCAGAACAAGCCAUGGCCUCUAUUAAGCAGCUGGUCAAAGAAAACUCAUGGAAAAAGGCAUUAAAACACAAAAGCGGGGUUCUAGUCUACAUGCUAUCUAAGCAACAGCACGGCGGUGACAGCACGAACAGCAACAAAGCACCCAUAUUCAAGGGUGAAAGUGUUAUUCAUGGAUUCUCGCCUCAGUCUGUAUUCUACGUGAUUGGCAUGCGAAAACUUUGGGAUAGCGCGUUCGAAGAAGGUCGGCUGAUUGAAAAUCUGAACGAGACAACAUCGAUUACAUACGAAUCAUAUCACUCUAGUUCCUCAUCCAAAGCCUACGAUGUUUCGCUUGUCGAACGGAUCGAAUGCUCUGCAGACGGCGUCAUUUUAUUUGCUUGUACCAGCAUAGAAACGCCCAAAAUCCCAAAAGUACCCGGUCGAACUCGCAGGCAGAUGAAGCUACAAGGAUGGAUUUUAAAGCCACUUCAUACAACACCGCCGUCAACAAAAGUGACGUACAUUACCCAAGAGAGCGUGAAAGGAUGGAUUCCCGGACUGACCAAAAAAUCGCUUGCACGACGGCCGCUUGUGCUUGCCGAUGUCCACAAAUACUUGCAGCAAAAAGCAGAGCGGUCCAAAGAAAACAACCGAUACCCCGCGACUGGCCUUCCUCCAGGCACUGCCAUCACUACAACCAACAGCAAUACUACUGCAGGCAACAAUGAUAGAACUUCCCAUCCGUCUUCGCUACUAGCGCCAACAGGCAAUGCACAUGGUCAACGCAGGCCAUCGAUCAUGGCGCAACAACAACAACAACAACAACAGCAAUAUCAAAAACCCAAAUCAAUCUUGCAAAAGACACCAAAAACAUCGAGUCUGUUACACCCGAAAAGUAGCAGUAUGCAGAGUAUAUUAACCAAUCCCCCACCGCGUAACUCUUCUCUUCCGUCGCCAACGUCGUCUCGCUCUUCUUCAGUGACACGAAGGAUCAAGUUCGCCGACGAUGACCUUACAUCUCAACGUAGCAGCACACCUUCCUCCAUUUCUGCUGUUCACAGCAAUAACAACAGCAGUGACGAUAUAGCAUCAGGCCCAGCUUCUCAACAAGAAAGCCACGGCCCCGCUACUGUAGUAUUACCAGCAUCUCAACAACACCAACAGCAGAAUAUCAGUAGACUAUAUCCACCAUCACGACAUAGAACAAGUAGAAAACAAUGCAUCGACAUGCUGAAACGGCUCGCAUCGAGCGAUAUAGACGAAUGGAAGGAAAUGGGCGAGCGCAACAGUGCCAAGCUCUAUUCGAAAUCAGUACAAGGAUCGGCAAUACCCAUUCUUCGGGGCGACGUGACGAUCAACGGAUCAUGGACUCCUGAGCAAGUUUGCUCGGUGAUCCAAUGCUUUGGUGCACGGAAAAUAUGGGACGAGUACUUUGAGACGGGCCAUGUUGUGGAACGCUUUUCGCAGAAAGAGUACCUUGUCUAUAUGCAAAUGCGCAGUAUAUUUCCGAUCCACAGUCGUGAUUUUUCGCUUUUGACUGUGAUUGACAGUGAUCCAGGCACAGGCACGAUUCACGUAGCAUCGACAAGCGUAUCUGAUGGUUUGAUUCCGAUCAUUAAACCGCAUGUCCGAGGUCAAAUUGUCGUGUAUGGUUGGGCGCUGCGUCCACUCAAGGAGAAAGGAGGUGGAGGUGUGCGACUGACCUUUGUAUCGCAUAUGGAGCUGGAGGGCACUACACCUUUGCCACCCGCAAUUAUUCGCCAGUUGACGAUGGAAGUACCUGCAUGCGUUGACCGUGUCCAAUGGUAUCUCCGUCAGCACGGUUGUCCCCCUUACAUCCGCCGCGUUGCAGGCAAAAUUACGCAAGAACAGUUCGAUUCCAAGGAUAAAAUAUACCGCGUAUCAUUUACCGCCAAGCAUAAGCCAUCACAACAUCGUCAGCAUGGCAGUUGGUUUACAGAUAUACGAACGAACCCGUCCAUGUAUGGGUUUGGUUUUAAUGUGGAGGUGCUGCCUACAGAGCAUACUCGGGUGGAGCUGCGAGCGGAUGACAUGGGUAUUCGAGUAUAUACCUUGGAUAAUUCGCUAGAAGGCCGUUUGGUGGAAGUCGCCAUAGAGCCUAAUUUGCCUGGAUCUACACCAAAAUACACCUGGAAUGGUGUGUCAUUAAAGGAAGAGGAAAAGAAAAAGAAGGAGGAUGAGGCUUUGGAGGAGCAAGUAACGGAACAAGAGCCACAACACCAAUACCACGACAUCAUGCCAGCAACGAUGCCACCUACUCCACCGUUAAUAGCUACACCCGAAAACGAGGAACAAAAGGUUGAUCCAUCGAUCUCACUGCCACCUGCAUCGGACCAGCUUCACCAAGAACAGGAUCAAUCUUUGCAGCAGCAGCAGCAACAACAGCGACGGCUGGAACCGAUAAAAACAAAGUGGGACCCAUCAGAAUCAUGGCUCCAUGCUUUGCAUGACUCACGGGUAACUACACCAACCUCAACACGAGAUUUAAUGCGACGACGAAACAGCCACGUUUUGGUCAUCACUGAUGAGCUUUCUUUCACGGGACCCCAACUAUCUGUCAUCUUUCUACUUAUGGCGCUAUGCUACUACAUGGGCAAAUUCUCUUGUCGAUGUUAA